UGCGUUCCGUAGAUAUAUGUCAGGUUAUACUAUUUUUAUAUGGAUAUCGCGCUAUGCCAUCGCAGUGUUAUUACAUUUGUGAUACCUAAUUUAUGAUGAAUAUUUUAUCUGCCCACACAUUAUUGUAUAUGUUACAGUUGUGCAUCAUGUCAUUUUGACAAUCUUUUUCACGAGCAGCGCACGUGCCUAACUUCUCAAUAAUUUCCUUUUCAUAUGAUUCCUAUACGAAACCUGAUCUUUCGAUAAUUUUGGGACAAAAUAUUUGGUUCCGCCUGUCUGGUUAAUGUUGUACCCGGAGCAUAUUUGAGACCGGACACUUCCUGUUCUGGUUGUUUCAGCAUGAAGAAGGAGCAAGUACUGAAUUGCCAGUUUUCUAAGUGGUACCCAAGGUUCAAGAAGCUUAGUAUCAGAAGCAUUAUAAUCCCUCUGCCUGAAAAUGUGAAGGACUAUUUACUUGAUGAUGGAACGCUUGUAGUCUCUGGAAGGGAAGAAUCUCCAGCAUGUUCUCAAACUGAUCCGAACAGCGAUGAAGAAGAGGUCCAGUGGUCAGAUGAUGAGAAUACAACAACCCUCACGGCACCGGAAUUUCCAGAAUUUUCAACCAAAGUGCAAGAAGCGAUUAACUCCCUUGGAGGAAGUGUUUUUCCUAAACUUAACUGGAGCUCUCCAAGGGAUGCAUACUGGAUCGCAUUGAACAGCUCCUUGAAAUGCAAAACCCUGAGUGAUAUCUUUCUUCUCUUCAAGAGCUCUGAUUUCGUUACCCAUGACUUCACCCAGCCGUUUAUUCACUGUGCUGAUGAUUCGCCGGAUCCCAAAGUCCAAUAUGAGCUUGUUCUGAGAAAGUGGUGCGAACUCAUACCAGGUGCAGAAUUCAGAUGCUUUGUUAAGGAAAACAAACUUAUAGGUAUAUCCCAGCGGGACUACACACAAUAUUAUGAACAUAUUUGUAAACAAAAAAAGGACAUCCAACGAUCAAUACAAUAUUUUUUUCAGGAGCACAUUCAGUAUAACUUCAUGGAUGAAGACUUUGUCUUUGAUGUGUACAGAGAUAGCCAGGGCAAGAUAUGGCUAAUUGACUUUAAUCCAUUUGGUGAAGUGACGGACUCUUUGCUCUUUAUGUGGGAAGAAUUAAUGAAAGGCAAAAACCUCAGUGAGUCUCAUGGGGAUGGAGAGGCAGCAGAGCAGGACUGUCCUAUAUUUCGUUAUACAACCAGUGAAGUUACUGUCCAGCCCAGCCCUUACUUGAGUUAUCGAUUGCCAAAGGAUUUUGUUGAUCUCUCAACAGGUGAAGAUGCCCAUAAGUUGAUUGACUUUCUAAAAUUGAAACGGAAUCAGCAAGACGAAGACUCGGAUGACUAGAUUGCUGUGCAGCGGCUGGGGCAUGGCCUCCUUUCUGGUUCCUUGCAUGUAACUGGGGUGUGUGAAUAUAUUUGUGAAGGUUGCAGAGCCUACAGUUCUCCAGAUUCCAACCCGCUGCAAUCAAUACACCUGUCACUCUACAUUAAAGCGAAUGAACUCUAUAAACUAUCAUCAAAGGGAGACGUGGUUCAUUGUUUCCUACAGUUCUUCAUUUAACAGAAAUUGGGAGAAAAAUGUGUGUUCACCUAUAAAUGGUAAUUUUUUACCUAUAUGAAGAGAGUUGGGAGUGCAUUAUAGAGUGUUGUUUUUUGUGAAUGGCAAAGUAUCGCUUUGCCUUGAAUCUAAUAGCAUGUUCAUUCUGUAACUGCAUUUUUAGAAAUACAGUAAAUAUUCAUUUGUUACUUUUGAAAAAAA